AUGACAUUGGUUCCGAGCUCAGUCGGCUAUUCUGAGACGGCCAUCUCCGUUGAUACCUUGACCAUCCCGACGACCCCCGAGGACAGUUUGAACGGAACAGACAAGCUCGACGAAGAGUCUACGGGCACCAGGACCACGGUGACCGAUGAAAGUGAUCCGGAAUCUACCACCACGGUUCCCCGCGUUCGAAGUAUCUGCUGUGUUGGUGCAGGAUAUGUCGGUGGACCAACUGCAGCUGUCAUCGCGUACAAGAACCCACACCUUCGAGUUACCGUUGUGGACAAGGACGAACGUCGGAUUCGGCGAUGGAACUCUCAACAUCUUCCCAUCUAUGAGCCCGGUCUUGCCGAAAUAGUCCGCAUUUCACGAGAUGGACUUGGUGGAAAGUCAACAGUAGCUGCCAAAGGACAACAAGAAGAGGGGUCAACCGGUGCAGUUGCUUCACCGGAGAGGAAGCCAAACUUGUUCUUUUCCGCCAACGUUGCCAAGUGUAUCCGCGAGUCGGACAUUGUCAUCAUUGCUGUCAACACUCCCACUAAGAUGCGAGGCUCAGGUGCAGGUAGUGCAACUGAUAUGACAGCCUUUGAGGCCGUGGCGGCAGACGUCGUGCAACAUGCCAGGAACGGUGCGAUUAUCGUGGAAAAAUCGACUGUUCCUUGCAGGACAGCACAGAUGAUUCAGGAGAUGAUAACGGUUCGUCGCCCAAGUGCGCACUUUGAGAUCCUCUCAAACCCAGAGUUCCUUGCAGCGGGAACAGCCAUCCAGGAUCUCCUGCGCCCCGACCGAGUCAUCAUCGGUUCUGCCACAACAGAACAGGGACAAGUCGCCGCGCAGACUUUGGCUCAAGUUUAUGCUGGCUGGGUCAACCGAUCCCAGAUCAUCACCACGAACAUCUGGUCGUCAGAACUAGCAAAACUCGUGGCUAACUCUAUGCUUGCUCAGCGCCUCAGCAGUAUCAACAGUAUCUCCGCCAUUUGCGAGGCCACAGGUGCUGAGAUCAAUGAGGUUUCCGCUUCUAUUGGCAUGGAUUCACGAGUCGGUGACAAGUUCCUUCGCGCUGGCAUCGGAUUUGGCGGCAGCUGCUUCAAGAAGGAUGUCCUCAGUCUCGUGUAUCUUGCCGAAUCACUCGGACUGAAGGAGGUCGGAGCAUACUGGCGCCAGGUGGUGACCAUGAAUGAGUAUCAGCGCAAUCGGUUUACCAGCCGUGUUAUCAAGUGCCUUAACAACACCCUGGUGGGUAAGAAGAUUACCUUGCUAGGCUAUGCCUUCAAGAAGAACACUUCCGACACCCGCGAAGCUCCUGCUCUUGAGAUCAUCAAGACCUUACUUGAUGAGAACCCCGGAGAGAUCGCAAUCUUUGACCCUUGCUGCAACCCUUACGUGAUUGAGAGCGAGAUUCGCCAACUCCAGUCCUUUGGGCCUCCAGCUUUGAGAGACGACGGUGGAGCUGUGAAGGUUUACUCGGAUGCAUACGAGGCCUGUGCCUCCUCAAAUGCAGUUCUCAUUGUCACAGAGUUUGAUGAGUUCCGAAACAGCGACCCUGUUUCUGCUUCAGACAUGAAAGCCGCGUCGCAACCCAUUCCCAUAAUUGCACAGGAGGUCAAAACCUCCAAGCCUUCCAAAGAAGAGGAGAGCAAGAACGCAGUCUUGACCACGUCAAUUGAGGACAGGUUGAUCCCUCAGCCUGACUGCGCUGCCGAUUGCCCAGACUGUCAGCGCGAGAGUGGACGUGACAUUCCAGUGCACAAACUGAGCGAGAACAUUCCCAAGAAGCAGGUAGACUGGGAGAAAAUCGCCGAAAACAUGCAAACUCCCAAGUGGUUGUUUGAUGGACGGUGCAUCAUAGAGACCAAGAAGAUGUCCAAUUUGGGCAUUCGCGUGGAAAGCAUUGGAUCUUCGGGCGAUGCAUUUUAG